CCAAGAUUCUGAUAAAAGGAGAUAACAGAGACUGGCCAAAGCAGGAAAGGUGUUUUGCUUAGCUUGAGUCAGAGGUACCAAGAGAUGCUUCGGAAAGAGCUAACUCAAGAAGUCUGGAGCCCCUGAAUAGUGUAAACAGGGACACCAUUUCUCCCUUCGGCAUGGAAUCUGGUUAGGAUCUGCUGUAGCGGCUUGUGAAACAGAAGCAUCGGAGUACAGACUGAGCAGGACUAGGAGGUUUUAACUGAAAACUGAAAUCAACAAAUAGCAACAGAACUAUUACUAGUACAAAAUCCACCUGGAUGCCUGAAGGACAAAGGAAAGAAUGAGCUACUACGGCAGCAGCUAUCCAAUCGUAAACGUGGACCCCAAAUACCCGGUCUACCCCCCGGAGCACAUCCUAGCUGAGAAGAGAAGAGCCAGAAGACGUCUUCUCCACAAAGAUGGUAGCUGCAAUGUGUACUUCAAGCACAUUUUUGGAGAAUGGGGGAGCUAUGUGGUUGACAUUUUCACUACUCUUGUAGACACCAAGUGGCGUCAUAUGUUUGUGAUAUUUUCUUUAUCUUAUAUUCUCUCCUGGCUGAUAUUUGGCUCCAUCUUUUGGCUAAUUGCCUUUCAUCAUGGCGAUCUGUUAAAUGAUCCGGACAUCACACCUUGUGUUGACAACGUCCAUUCCUUUACAGGAGCGUUUUUAUUCUCCCUUGAGACCCAGACCACCAUAGGUUAUGGUUACCGCUGUGUCACCGAAGAAUGCUCCAUGGCAGUGCUCAUGGUGAUCCUUCAGUCCAUCCUGAGCUGCAUCAUAAACACCUUCAUCAUUGGCGCUGCCUUGGCCAAAAUGGCAACUGCUCGAAAGAGAGCCCAAACCAUUCGGUUUAGCUAUUUUGCCCUCAUAGGCAUGAGAGAUGGGAAGCUUUGCCUCAUGUGGCGCAUUGGUGAUUUCCGGCCAAACCAUGUGGUAGAAGGCACAGUGAGAGCCCAACUUCUCCGCUACACAGAAGACAGCGAAGGGCGGAUGACGAUGGCGUUCAAAGACCUAAAGUUGGUCAAUGACCAGAUCAUCCUUGUCACACCAGUAACUAUUGUUCAUGAAAUUGACCACGAGAGCCCUCUGUAUGCCCUUGAUCGAAAAGCAGUGGCCAAAGAUAACUUUGAGAUUUUGGUGACAUUUAUCUAUACUGGUGAUUCCACGGGCACGUCUCACCAAUCCAGAAGUUCCUACGUUCCCCGAGAAAUUCUCUGGGGCCAUAGGUUUAAUGAUGUCCUGGAAGUUAAGAGAAAGUACUACAAAGUGAACUGCUUACAGUUUGAGGGGAGCGUUGAGGUCUACGCACCGUUUUGCAGUGCCAAACAACUGGACUGGAAAGACCAGCAGCUCCACAUGGACAGAGCGCCUCCAGCCCGAGGAUCUGGCCCGUCAGACACUCCGGUCAGAAGAAGGUCGUUUAGUGCAGUGGCCAUUGUCAGCAGAUGUGAAAACCCCGAGGAGACCACCACCUCCGCCACGGACGAGUGUAAGGAAGCACCUUAUCAGAAAGCUGUCUUGACUUUAAACAGAAUCUCUGUAGAAUCCCAAAUGUAAUUCAAAUUGUGAUGACCCGGCCAUCCCUCAAUCGUUUGACUCUGUAGCCAGUCACCUUAAGGCAAGUAGUUACAAGCAGGGCUUUUAAGGAAUGGUAUAGUUACAUUCGAUGGUGAUGGGGGAGAAGAAGAGCUGGUUCAGUCUGGUAAAAGAUCAUCUAAAAAUUCCAUAGUAUCCCAUGGUUUAAACUUUUGUGUGUGUGUUAGCAAAUUUGGUAUUAGGGAAGCUAUUAAGAGCCUAAUGGAUUAAUUUAAAUUUCUCUCCUCUUAUAUCACACACUUCCAUCUUUAAUUGGAGGUAUCGUAUUCGGUGAUGGAGAAAGAAGGGAGGAUAUUGGUGUAAAUCAAAGUAGGAAGGUAGGCAGUCAGCAUGAAUAACAAAUUUUUACAUGUAUCAACAUUGACAGUAGUCACCUAGAAAAACGUCAUGUCUUUCUAACCAAGAUACGCUAGCUAGGCAUCUGGUAGAUUGUCACGUUGAGAUGUUUAACCGAACUUACCUGGCAGGUUCGAUGCUUGCCCCCCUGGUGUCUUGGUAUUGGCAGAAAGAGGUAGAGACUAAGAAAUAGACACGCUGCCUCUUGCUCAGGUUAAUGACCAAUGAGUGCUAGAAGCUGGUUUUGUUGGUUUUUGGUUUUGUUUCUAACUCCUAAGGCAGAAGAGAAGUUGACCUUAUUCAGAGCAGCAUUUCUCUCUCAAAUGCCCUGGAGGACUGCAGCAAAAGGCUUUGAUGGAAGCACAACAAUAAGGCAACAGUGACAUUUGUAGUUUCUUGGGCAAGGGGGCUUCCUCUGCCCACCCCUCAUCUUCUCCAAAGGCAACAUGAAGAAAUAGGAUCGCAGAGAUGGGACGAGGGAAUAGAGGGCAGUGGGAACCAUUCUCAGACCACUGGGGAGAAGACCCCAUGCUGUCCUGAAAGACUGCUGCGGUUUGCUGGCUCCGUAAGGGAUGGAACUACCUUUUUUGAGGAGCGGGGAGACCUGGGGGGCUCAGCAAGGGGAAAGGCAUUGCUUUGUGCCCAGAAGCAGUUAUGUAUGUUUCCGGUCUUGGUCACUUUACAAGACAUAAAUGACUUGAAUUCUAGAUUUUCAGCAACUCUCCCAUUGAACCUGGAACGAUCAUUUAAAUGGAAAAUUUUGUGAAAUAUAAUGCAGGUGAUUUUUAGACACAUUAUUAAACAGAUAAGCUAAGUGUUAUGGAAUUGCUUAAAUUUUAAGAAGUAAAUUUGUAUGCUCUAUUUCUGUGUUAAAAGAUGUUAAUCAUGAUUACUUUAAGCCCAAUUCCCUAUGAGCAAAGUCACUUUCAGCUUUAUAAAUUGAACAAUUAUUAGCUUCAUUCAGAAUUAUGUGUUUCUUUACUCGCUUUCUUUUUUUCUUUAUCUUUUUUCUUUUUUUUUUUUUUUACAUCAUUGCUGAUCUGGCAAUAAGUAUAUGCCACAGUUUUUCCUUUGUUUAUUUUAUUUAAAUACAUGUACACACAAAUUGUUUUUCCUGUUUCUGGAAAAGCUCUCCCCCCAUUUAAAUUAAAGCUUACAAGUAAAUUGAACUGAAUCAUAGAGUCUGCGAUUACCAAUCAAAAUAAAAUAUGUAGGUAUGCAAAGUGUUAUUCUUUCGUUUU